AUGGGACAUGUGCGCCUCCCCUCGACUGGAACAGGCUUCCUGAUAGUCUUAAUUCUCCAUGUGUAUGCUUCUCGACAUAUAUUGUCAUGGACGAUCCGAUGGAUAACAACCCCCUAUCGGUCGCUGGUGCAGGUCUAUGAAGACCAGGAUGGGGAGGCUACACAACAGACCAUCGAACACGCUGCAAAAUGGGGCCUUCGUUUGGCCAUCCUGAUUAUCGCAACAGCUGGGUUGGCCAUAUUAGGGCUACGGAUGGGGCUUACAAUGCCUCAUAUAGAGUAUCCCGCAAAUGUGGCGUAUUGGAUGGAGUUCGGCAUCUGGAUAUGUGUUCUCAUCCAGAGCAUCGCCCUCACUGUUCCCGCCUCGUCCACUGAACAUUUUGCGGUUAGCUGGAGGACGGGGGCGAGUAGUCUUAUCGCACUCCUGAUCUGUCUCGCCCAAAUUUAUGCCGACUCCCACUUAGGCCACCUUGGAAAGGUAUACAUUGUACUUGCUGGUGCCCAGAUUGCCAUUAGUGUUGCAAUCGGCCUCCUCAGCUCGUUGAUUCCACGACGUCCGGAUGUUUUCUAUAAGGGUAUCAUGGUUGAUCGACAAUUCACCACCAGUCUGCUAGGCUGGGUCAGCUUUUCAUGGAUUGACCCAGUCUUGCGUGAAAGUGAACAUUCUAAAUGCUUAACUAUCGAUGAUUUGCCGGAGCUAGAUAAUAGCACGAGGGGAGAAACGUAUACCAUGGUGAUUACUAUCCUGCUCUCUUUCCUCAGCUUUGGCCCACAAAUAGCCUUAUGGCAGAUCCUGAAGCUGCUGGAAGCCCGAGAGUCCGGACAAAAUGCCGAUAUGCUUUGUGUUCCGGUUAUUGGCCUCGGCCUGUCUGUGAUGGGGUCUGCAACACUAGACACGUUGAAGUUUUGGAUCUCAUAUAACAAUCUAAGCCUUAGGGUGCAGCAGCAGCUAUCUCUCGCUGUCUUCAACAAGGCAGUUCAGCUGCAUCGAGCCUCAAGCUCUGACGAGGCGGGCAAGGACGAAACAAGUCCGACUCCAGUUAAUAUGGUUGCCGUCGAUGCUAGGAACAUAGCGGGGUUUUUCUGCUUUUUCUUCGUCGUAUAUGAAUCACCAAUCAAGCUGGUCAUUGCUUCCAUUUUCCUGACUCGGCUACUGGGCUGGCGGAGCCUGGUUGCUGGAGUCGCCAUCUGGGGCCUCCUUACUCUCUUCAAUACUUGGGCAGUUAGCAAGUAUUCUACCACGCAAGCAUCAUUAAUGCAGCAUCGCGACUGCAGGCCCAGAGCUGUGGUAGAGAUGCUUCGAGGAUCCGCCAGAUUAAGUUUUCCGCACUGGAAAGCCGGUGGGAGGAAAGAAUUCGUCAAUUGCGAGGCACUGAAAUCCGAGCCCAGUGAAUGUCUGGAUGCCGCCACGGCAUUCACAGCUUUGGCUGUUAUGAGCUCUCUUGAAAUGGCGAUGGGCAUACUACCGGAUAUCAUAUCAUUCUUCUUAAGUGCAAAAGUGAGUAUGAAGCGGGUCACAACAUAUCUAUCUCAGCCAGAGCGUUUCAGUAAAGUUAUUCCCGCCGAGCGGAUUGAACUUCAGGAUGCGACAGUUGCUUGGCCCGGGUGCAGCGGCACAGCCAGCACUUUGACAGGUCUAACUCUGUCAUUCCUCUAUGAUUCCCCGAGCAUUAUCACCGGACCAACAGGCUCCGGCAAGGGUCUUCUUCUUGCAGCGAUAUUGGGGGAAGCAGAUAUUUUGAACGGCAGUAUAUCGGCACCAGUACCAGUCUCGUUUGAGCAAAUCGCACAUGUUGGGCCCGCCGAUCCCUGGGUGAUAAACUCUGCAGUGGCAUUUGUUUCUCAGUCGAUGUGGCUACAGACAUCCACCUUGAGAGAAAAUAUCCUUCUUGAGUUACCGCUAGAUAAGGAGAGAUAUGCUAAGGUGAUCUUCGCAUGCGCAUUGGAGAAGGACUUGGAACUUCUUCCCCAAAGGGAUCAGACGGAAAUCAGUGCCAACGGGGCAAACCUCAGUGGCGGACAGCGCUGGCGUGUUUGUCUCGCUCGUGCCUUAUACUCACGGGCUCGUACGCUUCUGUUGGAUGAUAUCUUCAGUGCCCUGGAUGUUCAUACGUGCGAGCACAUCUCCCAUACUUUGGUCCAGCUUGAGAAUGGUGGUUUAAAGUCGGCAGAUAUACUACCUGAGCCGCAAGCAGCCCCUCAGCAACCACUGAUAUCGUCUAUCCAGCUAAAGGAGGAGCUAUUGUCAGCUCCCGUUGAGUCGCUGUACCCUGACAGAGGCUCCCUGGAAAGUGUAAACACCUCCAUUACCUCUGCAGCUGCCGAGAAAACCAGCAGGUGGGCUCCCAAUUCCUCUGAACGCAGAGUUGCUAGUACUUUCGCAAAAGAGGGGGGUAAUAUCUUCCAAUGGCUGUUUCUGGUUGUCUCGUUUAUCGGGUUCUCAGGGCUUAUGUUGGCUAAGUGGCAUGACAACACGCCCCUAGGACACGUGCUUAGUCGAUUCUCCGCUGAUUUCAAUGCUUUGGAUGCUCAAGUUGGAACCGAGCUUUGUGCUACAUUUGAGUACACAAUGGAUGUGGCUGCAGCAUUGAUUGCCGGCACCAUCGCGAAUCCCAUCCUCCUUAUUAUCACUAUAAUCCUCCUGACGAUGUACUUCUGGUGCGCUCGCCGGUAUAUCAAGGCAUCCCGACAGUUGAAAGACUUGGAAAACGACGCUAAAGGACCACUUCUCGAGGAACUUGAAAGCACAAUCAGUGGUCUGUCUUCUGUCCGGGCCUUUGGGCAAGUUGACGUUGCUGUACAAAGAUUUCAAGAUAAAGUGGGCCGCCACGCAUGCGCAUUUUGGCAUCUCUGGCUGCUCAACCGGUGGUUGGGCUUCCGAGUCAAUGUGAUGGGUGCUGCAUUUUCCGCUCUUUCCGCGGUGAUGGUGGCUUACCAUCCUGUGCUUUUCCGUGGAACGGUGCGGUCGAACCUUGAUCCUUUUGGCGAGUACGAUGACGCCGCCUUUGCCGGCGCACUGUGCAAGCCGUGGGAUGACCGCGAAUCUCUAGUCGAAGAAGGCGUCGACACGGAGCACGACUAUCUCCUCAUGGGGAAAAACACAGAAAGUCCGCUCGACCAGCCGGUUGCCGACUGUGGAGAGAAUCUCUCUCAUGGACAACAGCAGCUCCUUUGUCUUGCUCGAGCUAUCAUCCGACGUCCAAAGAUCCUUGUCAUGGAUGAGGCAACAUCCUCGGUUGAUAGUUCAACUGACGAUCUGAUCCAGCGAAGCUUACGCUCAGCCCUUGGCCAAUAUCAGACCACCUUCUUGGUUAUUGCUCAUCGGUUGAAGACAAUCGCUGACUCGGAUAUGGUGCUUGUCAUGGAUGAUGGGUUGAUUAUAGAAUCGGGCAGUCCGAAGGAGUUACUCCUUCGUGAGCAGUCAUGUUUCCGGAGCAUGCUGUAUCAGGAUCCGGAGCGGGAGAUGCUGGAAAAUAUCAUCUUAAAUGGGAUUGAAUGA